UUACAAAAUUUUUACCUUAAUGCGCCGUUGAUCACCGCCAACCUUGGGUAUUAUAUUACGGUAAAGCGUGUAAACAAGAACCCAACCGGGUAUACAAACGAUUAAUUCACACUGUGUUUAAAGUGAAAACAAUAUUUUCUUCCUACGAAUGGACCUUUGAAAUAGACGAGGGAGACACAUUGAAAAUGUAAUGUAAUACGAGUGCUAUAAAUGAAACCAAACGACCGAGGAGUAGAAUUUUAACUGCAAAUCUAAUGAUUCCAAAGGUGAAAAAAUCAAAGAAAAGAGGCAAAUCUACACACAUGUAUAAUGAUGCUGGAAGGAGGUGUAGGGUCCAUCAUCUUAAUUGUUUUUCUGAUAUUUAGUGUAUGUGCAGUCUUCUGCUACUUACGGACGCUGAGAAAGCGUACUAUGCAACGAAAUGCACAAAGACGUGGUCAUACAAUGGUUUAUUCUGUAACUAUGCAAGGAGGUGGCGGAGGAUCAUUUUAUAACUCUGUAACAGAAUACCUCAGAAACUCAGAAAUUGAACGACAAGGACAAAGUUCCCCUGCAAGAAAUAGACUUGGUAACGAGCCAUUAGAGAAUAGCAAAGGUCCUCCAAUUGGACUUCCGUCUUAUGAUGACGUCAUAUCCGGAAAAUUUGGCGGAAAUAUAGAUAACCCACCGCCAUAUUCGGAAUCCAAUUUAGACGGCGACAGAAGUUCUUCACAUCCUUCGUGAAUGCUUGAAUAUAUAUAUUACUAGUGCUCAAAAUCAAAAUGUUUUGGUAUAUAUGCAUGGCUUAAGGACAUAAAAUCAGCAAGUAUGUACUAAUUUGAGAGCAUUAAAAUUACAUGUCCCUUUUUAUAGAUCUAAUGUGAAUUGCAAUUUAUGUUUUGUUAGACGUUUUAUUUUGAAUAGUUUCAUUGAUAGAAUUCAUUGUAUAUCUACCUGCACACAGUUCUCAUAAACUAUAGCGUUAUCUCACGUAUAUAUCUAAGAGCCUUUAGAUCCUGUAUGUUGUAACUGACGUUGCAUACCACACUCAAGUGAAAUUAUAUAUAUGUAUACAAUUAUGCUUGUAAAACAAUUAUCAAACAUCGAAGAAUAUGUAAAAUGUGUACUGCAAAUAUUUGUACAUAUUAUAUGUAAUCAUUAAAAUAAUUGCAUUCAUUUCUUAUUGAAAAAUUUGACUUACAAUUUAUAGAAAAUAAAUGUUUUAUUACCUCUCUUUAUUUACAUGACAUGUUAAAUUCGGUAACAUCUUUAUAAACAAUGUUUUUUGGAACUUGAAAAAUUGAUAAAUCUUAAUUUGAGCAUCAUAUUUAUGAUUUAAAACCAUAAAAGAAUUGUGUUACAGGAUCUUUAAAGAAUAUGCAAUAUAGAUGUAUACAUGUGUUGCAUUUGUAAAAUCUGAACAGCAAGCCUUUGGCUUACCCAUAAAGUGAAACAGACUGGUUUGUAAAGACCAUGUUAGUGUUCUUGAGCAAACAUCCACUUUAUAUGGUAAUGUUCCCUAUAGUAAGUGUAAAAUGUGAAAAAAGUUUGUACUAUGUACAACUUACUUACACACAAAGAGAUUAAUUUUUGCAUGUUACCAAUUGUUCAAUUUUAUGUACAUGUAUAAACAAAGUAAAUUGUUCAUUGUCAGCAAUAAUUUUGUAUAUUUACGCAUGUAUAUAGAAUUUGUGACAAAAUAAUGUGCGAGCUCAAAAAGUUGUAUAAAAGUAGAAUUUGUUGAGAGGUUUGAAAUUUAAUUAAAUUUCAUAAAUCUAGUUUAAUGCUUAUUGAAUGUUUAAUGUAGAUUUAUAUAAUUAUUGACUAGUGAGCCAUUGAAUAUGAUGUGAUAUUUACCGGCAGAAUAUCAUUUUUACUCCGAUCGGGGAAUAUCACAUUAUAUUCCAUGGCUUACGAGUCAAUAAGUGUAUAUCUAAUAAUAUUUCAUAAUUAUGUUGUCGUUGAGCAUCUUUUGUUGUUUUGACCAGAUGUUACAGUGUUAUAUGCUUUUGUUUUGUAAAUACGGAGCGGUUUAUUACUUUUUGUUUUGAAAUAAAUAUAUUGAAAACAACAAAA